AUGCUGCGUUCCGUCGGUCGGCAGUUUCAGAGCCCUCGAAAUGCCACGAUAACCCCUCAACGAUUGUCUACUCUCUCUCGGCGUGGAUAUGCCGCCGUUACCGAUGUCUCCAACUUUCCAAAUGUCGGCGAGCAGCUUCAUGGCUUCACGCUCAAGCGCGUCAAGCAGGUGCCAGAGCUGGAGUUGACGGCUUUGCACCUUCAACAUGAUAAGACUGGCGCCGAGUAUCUGCACAUUGCCCGUGAGGAUGCCAACAAUGUCUUCUCCAUUGGUUUCAAGACCAACCCGCCGGAUGCCACUGGAGUGCCGCACAUUCUCGAGCACACCACAUUAUGCGGUAGUGAGAGAUACCCCAUUCGCGACCCCUUCUUCAAGAUGCUGCCCCGCUCGCUUUCCAACUUCAUGAAUGCCUGGACGUUCGCCGACCACACUGGCUACCCGUUCGCCACGACAAACGCGCAAGACUUCAAGAACCUCAUGUCCGUAUACCUCGAUGCGACGCUACACCCGCUGCUCAAGGAGAACGAUUUCACGCAGGAGGGGUGGCGGCUGGGGCCUGAGAACCCACUGGCAAAAGAGUCGGAAGACCCGAAUGCGAAGCGCAUCGUGUUCAAAGGCGUGGUGUACAAUGAGAUGAAGGGGCAGAUGUCAGAUGCAAGCUACUUGUUCUACACCAAGUUCCAGGACCACCUCUACCCCGCCAUCAACAACUCUGGCGGCGACCCGCAGAAGAUCACUGACCUGACUUGGGAGCAGCUUCGGAAGUUCCACGCCGACCACUACCAUCCCAGCAACGCUAAGAUUCUCACCUACGGAGACAUGCCUCUGGUCGAGCAUCUGAAGGAGGUGGACAGUCGCUUGAAGAGUUUUGACAAGAUAGCCGUGGAUCAGGAAGUGAAGGCUCCGAUCACUCUGGACGGCCCGAAGCAGGUUACGGUUGCCGGUCCUCUGGACCCGUUAGUACCUCAGGACAGACAGUACAAGACUUCAGUCACAUGGUUAAUGGGAGAUACUGCAGACGCUGUGGAGAACUUUGCGCUUGGUGUGCUGAGCAGUCUGCUUAUGAGUGGGUAUGGCUCGCCUCUGUAUCGCAAUCUUGUCGAGUCUGGACUUGGCGCCGAUUUCAGUGCCAACACCGGCUACGACAGCGCAGGCAGACGAGGGGUGUUUUCCAUUGGACUAGACGCUGUCAAAGCAGACGACGUAGGCAAAGUUCGCGAAGCCAUAGCCGAGACCCUUCUUGAAGCGCGCAAAAACGGUUUCGACAAGAUCAAGGUUGAUGGCAUCCUGCAUCAGCUGGAACUUUCGCUCAAGCACAAGACUGCCAACUUUGGUAUGGGUAUCCUUCAAAGGCUGAAGCCAGGCUGGUUUAACGGUAUCGACCCAAUGGAAGCGCUCGCAUGGCAAGAUACUGUCAAUGCUUUCCAGAAAAAGUAUGCUGAAGGUGACUACCUGGAGAGCUUGAUUGAGAAGUACCUUCUCAACGACAAGACCCUAAUUUUCACUAUGCAGCCUUCGGAGAUAUUCAGCCAGGAGCUCGUAGACGAAGAAAGCCAGCGUCUGGCAGCGAAGAUUGCGGAGACUACAAAACAGUUCCCGAGCGAACAGGAGGCACAGAAGUACUUGGAAGAACGAGAGCUCCAAUUGCUAGAGGUCCAAGAGAAGGCCAGGAACGAGGAUUUGAGCUGUCUUCCCACUGUUUACGUAAAGGACAUUCCGCGAGAGAAAGAGAGGAAGCCACUGCGACACACCGAGCUGGAUGGCGUGAAGGUCCAAUGGCGUGAGGCCCCCACCAACGGUCUGACCUACUUCCGUGCGGUGCACAAACUGCAAGACCUUCCAGACGAGUUACGAGAAAUGAUCCCGCUGUUCACUAGUGCUAUUAUGCGUCUUGGUACCAAGGACAAGACGAUGGAACAGCUUGAGGAACUGAUCAAGCUAAAGACAGGCGGCAUUUCCGUAGGAUACCACUCGUCACAGUCACCAUUGUCACUCAACGCGUACGAAGAAGGCAUGGCGUUUUCAGGAUACGCUUUCGAUCGCAACAUCCCUGACAUGUAUGAGCUUCUCCGAACCAUCAUACAAGAAACAGACUUUGAUGGCCCUGAAGCGGGCAAGAAAAUCAGAGAGCUUCUACAGAGUGCAGCAAGCGGCGCCAUCAACUCGAUUGCAGAGUCUGGUCACUCUUAUGCCAUGAGAUACGCCGAAGCUGGUAUCAGUCCUGUCAGCCGAUUGGCGGAAGAAACCGGAGGCCUUACCCAAGUCAAAGUCAUGACAGCUCUCGCAUCACAAGAGUCACUUGACGAGGUCAUUCAGAAACUCAAAGCCAUCCAGUCCUUUACUAUCGCAAACAGCAACCAGCUCCGCGUAGCAAUCAACUGCAGUAACGACAGCUCAACGUCAAACCAAGAAGCACUCCAACGCUUCUUGAACACUUUACCAAAGGACGUUUCUGUACCGACAACAUCACAGCAGAAGCAGUACCCCCGCAACGCCAAGUCAUUCUUCCCUCUUCCUUACCAAGUCUACUAUUCUGCCCGCGCUGUGCCAACAGUAGCCUACACCGAUGCUUCCAGCGCACCUCUCGAGGUCCUUGCUAAGCUCCUCACCUUCAAGCAACUCCAUCCUGAGAUCCGUGAGAAGGGUGGCGCUUAUGGAGGUGGUGCCUAUGCCCGUGGUCUUGGUGGUCUAUUUGGCAUGUACUCAUACCGCGAUCCCAACCCACAGAACAGCAUGAAGAUCAUGGCUGAAGCAGGUCAAUGGGCGCGAGACCGCGCAUGGACACCUCAAGACCUCGAAGAAGCUAAACUGAGCACAUUCCAAGGAUACGACGCACCACAGAGUGUCAGCCGCGAAGGCAUGAGAUUGUUCCUGUCCGGCGUCACGGACGACAUGCUGCAGACGCGUCGCGAGCGUCUGCUCGACGUCACGGCUGAGCAGGUACAAGCUGUAGCAGACCAGUUCCUUGUCAAGCGUGCCGAGGAGAGCAGUGUCGCCAUCUUGGGCGAGCGCAAGGACUGGGUCAAGGAGGUCGAUGGCUGGCAAUUCAGGGAUCUGGGUAUGUCAGAGAGCGCAAAGGCUGCCGAGGAGGCAGAGGGUGUUGCGCAAAAGGAGGACGACGUGCCUGCUAUCGCAAGCUGA